AAGGAGCGGUGGUUGAAGUUCCGCGCUGGGGGCUGCGCUGGCCUGAGGCGCUGCCGGCGGCGGCGGCCGGGCGGGAGGAUGCGGCGGGCAGAGAUGAAGCCUGGGAAAUCAUCACAUCCAAAGUUUGCAAGCAUCAUCAAAAAACCACUUGUAGGAACCACCAGCAUUCACAAAGGCUAGCCUUUCUAAUGCAGCAUUGUCAGAGGGACAGGAGGAAAUGUGAAGCAGAUACAUGCUAGAGGAAAGACCUCUGAUCAUAUUUGUGAUUAAGAAAACAUCAUCUGUGAGGCGAUUGCAGAGGAACUGAAUUUAUGUAGUCUGGAGAAAUUGAAGUAGGUUUUUUUAAUGAAGCAAGAAUGAAGGAGUGCACGCUUCUUGCCUUAACUAGGACAUCGGGCAGUUAUAGAACAAGUCUGAUUUGCUUGGAGUAAAAGACCACUGACUUCUACAAUGGAAAAGUCAUGGAUGCUUUGGACCUUUGUGAAAAGAUGGCUGCUAGCUUUGGCUUCCUGGUCUUGGAGUCUCUGCCGUAUUUGUCUUUUACCCUUGAUAGUAACUUUUCACUUGUACGGCGGCAUUAUACUACUUAUAUUAAUAUUUGUAUCGAUAGCAGGCAUAUUAUAUAAGUUCCAGGAUGUGCUGCUUUAUUUUCCUGAACAGCCCCCUUCCUCACGCCUUUAUGUUCCUAUGCCUACUGGUAUACCACACGAAAACAUCUUCAUCAAAACCAAAGAUGGAGUUCUUCUCAAUCUUAUCCUGCUGAGAUACACAGGGGACAAUGCAGCGUAUUCUCCAACCAUCAUUUACUUCCACGGGAACGCAGGCAACAUUGGCCACAGGUUGCCAAAUGCUUUGUUAAUGCUGGUAAACCUGAAAGUAAACUUGAUUCUUGUCGAUUAUAGAGGGUAUGGAAAAAGUGAAGGAGAAGCAAGCGAAGAAGGUUUGUACUUAGAUUCUGAGGCUGUGUUAGACUAUGUGAUGACUCGGUCUGAUCUUGAUAAAACAAAAAUUUUUCUUUUUGGCCGUUCCUUGGGGGGAGCAGUAGCUAUUCACUUAGCUUCUGAAAAUUCCCAUAGGAUUUCUGCCAUCGUGGUGGAGAACACCUUUCUUAGCAUCCCAUACAUGGCCAGCACUUUGUUUUCUUUCUUUCCGAUGAGAUACCUUCCUUUAUGGUGCUACAAAAAUAAGUUUCUGUCCUACAGAAAAAUCUCUCAGUGCAGAAUGCCUUCUCUCUUCAUCUCUGGGUUGUCUGACCAGUUAAUUCCACCAGUUAUGAUGAAGCAACUUUAUGAAUUAUCCCCAGCUCGGACUAAGAGAUUGGCGAUAUUUCCUGAUGGGACUCAUAAUGACACUUGGCAGUGCCAGGGGUAUUUCACUGCACUCGAACAGUUCAUCAAAGAAGUAAUAAAGAGUCACUCCCCUGAAGAAAUGGCGAAAACAUCAUCUAACGUAACAAUAAUAUAAUUGAUAUUCUUCUUUGGGAUGGGGUGGGGGGAGUACCUGCACUGUACCUUGAUUUGUAAAAAGUGGUAAAAGAAUGUCCAUUUUUAAAUGUAUGUCACGUCUGUACUUGCCUAAAGAGUGAAAUUAAACUUGGAAAGGUCUGAUGCUUUAUUAAGAUGUUCCAGAAAACUUUUACAUUUGCAACAUUGUAAAUGAACCAUUUUAUGUCUUUCUCGUACUUUUUUGGUAUCUCUGUCCAUAUAUUGCAUUUGUUUGAUAUGUACAACGGAUGCUAUUAAAGGAACUUGCUACAAAAGUAGUACAGAAUGUAUUAGUUUAGAACAACGGGAGGCACUUCAGUAUUCACUGCUGUAUGUGUGAGCUUUUUGGACAGUCAUGGUUAGCACAAUGAUUUGUUGUUUCUCUUAAGAUUUAUUUAAAAUGUGCCAUGCAUGAGAUUAGUGUUUUAUUCCUUGAAAUUUUAUAUUAUGCAAGGUGGGAAAUCUUUAAUGUGCUAAAUAAUAUAAAAUAACACUAAUAGUAGAGUAUACUUGCAGGUAUACUAUCCUGAGUUAUUACUGUUUUUUAUGGUUAUGCAUACAGAUAUAUUUCAAACUGCAACUCGAGGAGAAGACACUUUCCCUGUUUUCAUUUUACUAUUCUAAUACUGCCCAGAAAGUUGCGUGUGCCUAAACAUCAUGGUUUCAGGAUUUUGGCCUGGCAAUUUCUUCAUUGAAAGUAGAAGUAACCUUCAAAAAUCUCCUUUCCAGCCCAAGCUCUCCUCACUAAUGUACAGGCAAACUAUUUGCUGGUAUCUGCUUGUGCAUUUGAGGUGGGAUUUCCCAAGGCAGAGUGGAUGAUGUGAUGGAAAGAAGUGUCACACAAGGUCAAAGUAUGUGUUUGUGUUUGAUUUUUAGGGUGGUGUAGUUACAUGUCUGUGCCCUUCAUUUUUACCUCCAAAAGAAACAAAUCCAAAUAAUUACCAAUGAUCACAUGAUUAGAGUUUAAUGUAUACAGUUGUUACAGUAAGGAUAAUAAAAAUGAGCAAUGCAUUAAAUUUACUAAACCUAAGAUUAGUUAGUCUAAAAGAGAUGAUGGUUAUUUUAAUAAUUUUGCCCAUUUGCUUGCAGAAAGUCUUGAAGUUCUGUUGUACCAUGUGGAAGUAGCCUAAGCAUCAGUGAGUUUUCUUUAGCUCCGCUGGGAUUUUUGAAGUUACUGUGUCACCAUUUCAGAGCCACCAAUAUUUAAAUUGAGAGAGUUUGAUUCUAACUGAAUGUUGGGUUGACUUUUUUAAUUUAUUUAUUUUAUUUUUAUUUUUAAGGGUCUUUGUCCUAGGUAGCCAUAUCAAAGUUGUAUGCUGUCAGCUCAGUGUAGGGCUGUUUAAAUAUCAUCUGCAGGUUUAAUUUCUCAUUUGCUGCAGUUGAUAGUUUGCCUUCUUCAGAAUAUUUUUUUAUGGGAAGAAUCAACUGUGCAAAAACUACUACACAAUCUGUUGCCCUUCAGAUUGAAAUUUUUAAAUAAAGUUUUCUGCCAUGCUGUCCCAAUUCAGAAAAGCAUCUCAACACGCAGUUAAAAUCUGUCUCCUGAUGGAAAGUGAUAUUUUAAGCUUGUGCUUAAGUUCUCUGGUUGAAUAAAACUGCUUUCCUGAACU